AUGGCUACUGUGGCCGGAGUUGGAAGGUUCUCGGUGGCAGUGAGUACAGUGGCUGGAGUAGGGAGUUGUUGGGGAAGCCUUCGUCUGGUUGGUGCAGGGGAGAGUGGUCGGGGCCUUGUUCUGGUGAUGCAGAGAAGCAGAGGAGGGCCUGGAGCAGAGGUGGUUGCAGCAGUCUGGAGUUGGUGCGACGCAGGGGUGGCUGGCCUCGGCUCCAUUGGACCACAAGAUGUCUUGGCAACAUUAUUGAACAAUCUCAAAGUGCAGAAGCGUCAGAACCGCGUGUGUACUACUGUGGCAAUUGCAGUAGUUGUAGAAACAUGUUCUCCCUCUACAAUACUUCCAGCAUUAAUGAAUGAGGAUCAUGUACCAGAACUCAAUGUGCAAAAUGGUGAUUUAAUAUCACUCUCUUUUCUUUUUGAGUACAUUGGUGAAAUGGGUAAAGGUUAUAUUUAUGCAGUCACUCCACUACUUGAGGAUGCUCUCAUGGAUAGAGAUUUGGUACAUAGGCAAACUACUGCAUCUGCUGUUAAGAACAUGGCUUUGGGAGUGGCUGGUUUAGGUUGUGAGGAUGCUUUAAAACACUUGCUGAAUUAUGUAUGGCCAAACAUAUUUGAGACUUCUCCGCAUGUUAUUAAUGCUGUCAUGGAAGCCAUGGAAGGGAUGAGGGUUGCCUUGGGUGCAGCUGCAGUCUUGAACUAUUGUCUGUAG